CAGAUAGAAGUGAUGAAAAGAAACAAAAUACUGCAAGUCUAGCUAAACAAUCCACCUCUGUACCCAAAAAAUAUACAAAAGAAACAAUAAUUUAUUCUGAUGAAGAAAUACAAAUUGGCACUGUUAAGAUGUCUGUAAUAUUUACAUUCAUAAAUUCAUAUACAUUUACCAUGUUUUUUGUUGUCAUGGUAUUAAGUUCACUAAGUGUUGGAGGAUACGUAAGUCAAUUGCUGUGGUUAGCGCAUUGGAGUAAUGAGAAAAGCAACAAUAACUUGAGACAUUUUGCUAAUCUUGGUAUUUAUGCUGCAAUUGGAAUUGCACAAUAUAUGUGUACUUCAUUUACUUUUUUGGCAGUAGUUUUAGGAGCAAUUAGAGCUUCGAGGAAAUUUCAUAAUGGAAUGUUGUAUAGCGUACUUCGAUCACCAAUGUCAUUCUUUGAUACAACACCUCUUGGAAGACUAGUAAAUAGAUUCUCAAAGGAUAUUCAAGUUACUGAUGAAAAAAUUAACAUAGAUUUACAAAAAAUAUUGUUAUCACUUUUUUCAACUAUUGGUGCCAUUAUUAGCAUUUCAUUGGUUUCACCAUGGUUCCUCAUAGUUGUAGUGCCAAUAACAAUUGUUUACUUAAUUGUUCAGCGUUUCUACAUUGCAACUUCAAGACAGUUGAAGCGACUAGAAGCCACUUCACGUUCUCCAAUUUAUUCUCACUUUAAAGAGAGUGUUGAUGGUGUCUCUAGCAUUAGAGCUUAUAAUGUUGCUGAAAGGUUUCGGUUACAAUUUGAAUUUUAUGUAGAUACUAACCAAGCUGUUUUGUAUUUCAGUGAAAAUGCUAUAAUCAGGUGGUUGUCAAUUCAAGUUGAUUUCAUUGGUGCAAUAAUUUUAUUUUUUGCUGCUUUAUUUGUUACUCUUCAACACAAUUAUCCACAUAUCUUUGGGUUAAUUGACCCUGGUUUAGCUGGAAUGUCACUGAGCCAAGCAUUUACAGUCACUUUAUUUUUAUCUAUGACUGUAAGAACGUCAAGUGAUUUGGAAAACAGUUUAGUUUCCAUUGAAAGAAUCAAAGAAUAUUUAGACUUACCUAACGAGGCUCCUGAAAUUAUUCAUGACAACAGACUGGAUCCUAAAUGGCCAGAAGAUGGUAGCAUCAAAUUUAAUGAAUAUGCUACACGCUAUCGUCCUGGACUUGAUCUUGUACUAAAGAAUGUAUCAUGUUAUAUACCUGGUGGUCAAAAAGUCAGUCAGAACAAUGCUUAUUUGUGACCCAUCAUUGUUUAUUUAAGUUAAAUCAAA